AUGAUUGUAAAAACUUCUCAAUUCAUUACAUUAUUUGUAUUCAUAAUAUUACCACUUUACGUGUUUGUAAAUGCUAUUCCUGCCUCUAAUCCAGGAUUCGUAAAAAUCCAUCUAAGAAGAGUCCAUACAUCAGAAAUAGAUCCUGGUUUAUUAUCAUUAUUAAAACGUGAUCCUCAAGGAAAAGAAUAUAUAAAUAAUUAUGAAGAUUUACGUUAUACUUCUUCAAUGAUUAUUGGUGGUCAAAAUAUUUCUUUACUGAUCGAUACUGGUUCUUCUGACCUUUGGGUCCCAAGUGUGUAUUGUUCCAGCUCUGCUUGCACAAAUGGUAGUCGUUAUGAUCCUGCAAAAUCUACUACUUAUAAACCACUUCCCGUUCCAAAUAAUUUUACUCUUAGUUAUGAUGAUGGUUCUGCGAUCAAUGGUUUUAAAGCUACUGAAACUGUCACGAUUGGUGGUCUUUCUAUCACACAACAACCUUUUGGUGUGGUAACGACAUUUAAUUCUAAUGGCUUUAGAGGUGGUGGUGUUAUGGGUAUUAAAUUUUCUCCGAGUCGUCGAUUCAAUGCUACCGGCGUAAUACAAACAAUGAAAGCGCAAAAAGUAAUAAAUAAAGCUUUGGUGGGAAUUCAUCUUGGUGCAACUAAAGUAAACGCCAAUGAUGCAAGUUAUGUAACUUUUGGUGACAUUCCUAAUGAAUACGCGAAUAGCAUUUCAUAUAAUAAAGUGGUAGAAAAUAAUAGAUGGACAAUUUCAAUGAGUGAUAUUCUUCUCGAUGGAAAUUCUCUUGGAAUUAAGGCAAUUACUUUAGUUGAUACUGGUGCCGCUCUUAUUUAUGGUCCAUCUAGUCAAGUUAUCGCCCUUCAUGGAAAACUUAGUGGUUCAAGUUUUUCUAAUAAUAUAUGGUGGAUUCCUUGUGACACUAAAUCGGUAAUAUCCAUAGUAUUAAAUGGUAUACCUUAUGAAAUUAAUCCUCUUGAAUUUGUGAAAAGAAGAAAUUCUACCACUGGACUAUGUAGAUCGGGUAUACAACAACAACCUAGAACCAAUAUUACUUCUUGGACACUUGGUCAUCCAUUUUUAACAAAUGUUAUUGCUGCUUUUGAUUAUGAUAAUUUACAAAUUGGUUUCGCUUCAACCUUAUCCGGAACUGAGACACCCGGAAACGGUCCUGUAAAUGGAAAUAAUAAAGGAAAUGAUAAUGGAAAUUUUAGUAAAAAAUCUGAAUCGUCUCCUAAUUUCUAA